ACCGUACAUCUCACUGUCACUGUGACUGAGCUCCAUCAAUGGCGUCCCAAAUGGCGAUCCUCGCGCGGACCCGAACGCUGGCCAAAAUCCUAAACCCGAACCCGGGAUUCAAGUCCAUCACAACAGUCACAUUUCUCUCCCAGGAGCCUCAACUCGACGUCGAGCCGACUCACCCCAUCGCCUCCACCCCUCUCCCUCCGAACCCCGCCUCCGGAAGCCCCAUGUACAACGAGAACUGGCGGAAUCCGGCACCCAACUCGCCCAUGGGUCAGUCCCCGCUUCCCAUCGGGUUCCUCAACCAGUCCCCGAGCGCCCGAUUCCAGGCCAUGUCGCAAAACCUAGACGCGCAGAGCCUAAUGAACGAGUUCGCCGGUUGGAUGACAUCACAGCGAUGGCUGGACAUGAAGCAGCUGUUCGAGUUCUGGGUUCGGUCGUUGGAUAAGAACGGGAAGCCGAAUAAGCCCGAUGUGAGCUUGUAUAACCAUUACUUGAGGGCCAAUUUGAUGAUGGGAGCCUCGCCGGGGACGAUGCUGGAUCUUGUGGCGCAUAUGGAGGACUACGGCAUCACGCCCAACACGGCGUCGUUUAAUCUCGUCCUCAAGGCCAUGCACCAGGCCAGAGAGACCGAGGCCGCAGAUAAAUUGCUCGAAAGGAUGUUGCAGACAGGGAAGGAAUCUCCGCCUGAUGAAGAGUCAUAUGACUUGGUUAUCGGCAUGCUGUUACAAAUGGACCAGAUUGACGCCGCCUUGAAAUAUAUAGACUUGAAUUUAAAAUCUGGUUACAUGCUGUCAAUGCCGGUGUUUAGAGAAUGUGUACGAGGCUGUGUCAAUAAGGGAAAACUAGAUACUUUGGUUUCAAUUAUCGACAAGUGCAAGUCAAUGGAUCAAAACAAAGCUCUUUGCCCUCCAUGGAACUUGUGCAACUACAUUGCGGAAGUUGCUCUGCAAGAGGAUAAUAGCAAAUUAGCAUUUCAUGCCCUGGAGUUUAUGGCCAAAUGGAUUGCUAGGGGUGAGCAAGCAAGACCUAUUGUUUUUCUUUCUGCAGAUGAAGGGCUGCUUGUGUCAGCACUUGCAACUGCCGGCAGGACACACAAUACUACUUUACUGGAUGCAUCAUGGGCAAUCUUACUACGCUCGUUGCGCCAAAAGAAGGUUCCUAAUGCAGAAUCUUACCGUGCAAAGAUAUGUGCCCUUGCAUCGCUAGGGAGUCUUCAAAGAGCUUUUAGUACUCUCCGUGAAUAUGAGGCUGCUUAUGGUAAUUCCGAUAAAGAAGCAGAAGAGGAACUGUUCUCCCCAUUUACUUCAUUAUAUCUGCUGGUUGUUGCCUGCUCUAAGGGAGGUUUUGGAACUUUGGACUCGGUGUAUUAUCAAUUAGAAAAUUUGAGCCGUGCAGACCCUCCGUACAAAUCUGUUGCUGCAUUGAAUUGCAUAAUAUUAGGUUGUGCAAAUACCUGGCAGAUUGAGCGUGCUUACCAGACCUUUGAGGCGAUUAGUUCUACAUUUGAAUUGACCCCUGAUAUACAUUCUUACAACGCUCUCAUGUAUGCUUUUGGAAAGCACAAGCAGACUUUUGAAGCUUCAAGAGUAUUUGAGCACUUGGUUAGUGUGGGCGUCAAACCCAAUGCAAAGUCGUACUCGUUACUUGUAGACGCUCAUCUCAUCAACAGAGAUCCAAAAGCUGCGGUCUUGGUGAUUGAUGACAUGGUAAUUGCUGGUUUUGAACCAACGAAAGAAAUGCUGAAAAGGGUCAGAAGAAGAUGUAGGCGAGAGCUCGACUAUGAGAGUGACGAUCAUGUUGAUACCUUGGCCAAAAGGUUCAAAAUUGUGAUGGGUUCAGAGAAUCGCAGGGACUGGCUGUUCAACCUCAACUACAGCACCGGAUAUGCCUAAAUAUAUGGUUUGACGAAGCUGAUUGGAUACGAGAUCCACCUCGAACGCUCGUAUCUUCCAGUGUAACUUCAUCCGAAUAUGUACAUUACCUCGGAUUUUCCAUCGAGUCUUGGCAGGAUCUUUGCUAGGAUAAUAGCCUCCUAGUUCCUUAUUGUUUUUUUUUUGUUCUUCAUAUGUAACGUUUUUGUGCUUUUUGAGCGAAAAUGAGUAGUAAAUUGUUAGACAGGAAAAAUAUAACCUUAAAAUUGUUGCCAAUAAUGGUAGGAAAAAUGUUUCUUGUUUCGUGCCCAA